AUGAUAGGAGAUGUGUUAUUUCAUAUGUUGCCAUAAAUCUUAGGAACUUAUUAAUAGAAUAAUGAUCACAAUAAUCCUUAAAUCUGUUUAAUUUUGAAUGGUAUCUUAUUGUUUGUAUUCUUUGAUUUUUUCAUUAUUAAAUUGAAGAAUUUGAGAGAUAAAAGAGAUGAACCUCAUGAUUAUGAUCACAAUGAUUCAUCAAUUGUAUUUUUAUUUUGGAGACUUUCUUGA